GUAAGCGGUGCGCGCAGAGCCGCGCUGCUCUCCUGCCUCGCCCGCGCAUUGCCUUCCGCUGGCGCGGAGGGGACGGAGGGAAAGAAGCCGGUGGCGUUCCCGUCCGCUCGGGUUGAGAUUUUUUUCAGCCGGCGAGAACUUUAUUCCGGGUCGGCGAGGAGCUGCAGGGCAGCGCGGAAGAGGGGGAAGAUGAGGAUGAUGCUACUGAUGAUGUCGCCGCGAUGUACCGCGCUCGUCGGGCUCUCAUGAGGCGCGCAGCUCCCAGAUGCGCUGCCGCCCGAAGAAGGCUGCAUUGGUGCCGUUACACGAACGAGCUUCCCGUCUGAUUUAGCCCUAAUACGGACGCUUCCAUCUUUUUUUUCCUUCUUUUAUUUUUUUUUCUUCCCCGGACGGGGUUGUUUCCUUGGACGAUCGGGCCAGCGGGCAUCUUGAGGGGUUUGUUUUCCUUUUGUCCUAGGGACUUGUCUGCAACCAACGGAAGAGCCUGUGCUGCGUGUGUGGUAUCCCUUCCUUUGCCCUCCCGCGUUUCGUGCAUGUCCUACUGGAGCUGCUCCGAUCGGGAACGGCUGUGCGGAGCCCCCGCCCGCCCCCUUCCUCCACCUCCUGCCUUUCUCCCUUGUUCAUCGCUCUCUGUGGUGCCGAUGACCUGGCCUCUGCGUCGACGCCCGGGAGCAGCGCGUCCCUCCCCGGAGACUUUUUCUGUCCCUCUUGGCUUGCGACGGUCCCGCCGCUGACACUGCGUCCCGCUUCCUCUGGCUGGAUUUUCCCCUUUUGACAAGGGGCAGAAGUGGGGAGAGGGGUCGCCUCCGCUCUGGGGUUUCCGGGCUUACAGUCUCAUCGGCCACUUGUGAGUCCGUGAGGCGGAUUAUUCGCUCCCGCAGCGGGGCGGCUGCGGCCCCCCUCCAGCCUCGUAAGGUCCCGUCCCGCCGUACCCGGGCGCUGCGGGCGCCGCCCGCCGGUCGAAGCGCCGCCGAAGGAGCGCGGAGCGGUGGUGACUGUCCCGAGCGCGGCCCGUCCGCCUCUCCCGGCAACCCCCAGCCUUCCCGAGAACGACAACAACAAAGGACGCCGCGGCCUGAGGAUGUUCCCGCGGCGGGGGUACUGAGCGGCGCCUCGCCCCACUCCUGCCCGCGGCGGCAGAGGGAAGGGGGCCGGCGGGUGUCGCCGCCCCUGUCCCCUCGGCGCACCAGGUGUGAAGCCGGGGCAGGCGGGGAAUCUCGCCGCGAGAACUGCGCUGCGAGGGAGCCCCGCCGCGGCCGGAGCCAUGUUCCCCCAGAGCCGGCACCCCACCUCGCACCAGGCUGCGGGACAGCCUUUCAAAUUCACUAUCCCGGAGUCGCUGGACCGCAUCAAGGAAGAGUUCCAGUUCCUCCAGGCGCAGUACCACAGCCUUAAAUUGGAAUGUGAGAAACUGGCAAGCGAAAAGACAGAAAUGCAGAGGCAUUAUGUGAUGUAUUAUGAAAUGUCGUAUGGAUUAAACAUUGAAAUGCACAAGCAGACAGAAAUCGCCAAGAGAUUGAAUACAAUUUGUGCACAAGUCAUCCCAUUUUUGUCUCAGGAACAUCAGCAACAAGUGGCCCAAGCUGUAGAACGUGCCAAACAAGUGACCAUGGCUGAACUGAAUGCCAUCAUCGGGGUACGUGGCCUUCCAGGUCUACCUCCUACACAGCAGCAGUUGCAGGCUCAGCAUCUCUCCCAUGGCCACGGACCUCCAGUGCCUCUAACGCCGCAUCCAUCCGGACUUCAGCCUCCAGGAAUCCCUCCACUUGGAAGCAGUGCUGGCCUUCUUGCCCUUUCUAGUGCUUUGGGUGGGCAGUCUCACUUGGCAAUAAAAGAUGACAAGAAGCAUCAUGAUGCAGACCACCACAGAGACAGAGAGCCAGGAACAAGUAACUCUCUGUUGGUCCCUGACAGUCUACGAAGCACAGAUAAACGCAGGAAUGGGCCUGAAUAUGCCAAUGACAUCAAAAAGAGAAAGGUGGAUGAUAAGGAUUCCAGCCACUAUGACAGUGAUGGGGACAAGAGUGACGAUAACUUGGUUGUAGAUGUAUCCAAUGAGGAUCCUUCUUCCCCAAGGGCAAGUCCCACUCAUUCACCCCGUGAAAAUGGUGUAGAUAAAACCCGCUUACUAAAGAAGGAUGCCUCAAGCAGUCCAGCAUCUACAGCCUCUUCAGGAAGUUCCACUUCCCUCAAAUCCAAAGAAAUGGGUCUGCAUGAAAAAGCCAGUACGCCUGUUCUGAAAUCCAACACACCAACUCCUCGGGGUGAUGUGCCAACCCCAGGCACUAGUGCAACUCCAGGACUUCGUCCAGGCCUUGGCAAACCUCCAACAAUGGACCCUCUGGUUAACCAAGCUGCUGCAGGUUUGCGGACACCGUUGGCAGUACCAGGACCAUACCCUGCUCCAUUUGGAAUGGUACCUCAUGCUGGCAUGAAUGGGGAGUUAACUAGUCCAGGGGCAGCCUAUGCCAGUCUGCACAAUAUGUCGCCGCAGAUGAGUGCUGCUGCUGCUGCAGCUGCUGUGGUUGCCUAUGGAAGAUCUCCUAUGGUUGGGUUUGAUCCUCCUCCUCACAUGAGAGUACCUGGAAUUCCUCCAAAUCUAGCAGGGAUUCCUGGGGGAAAACCAGCCUACUCCUUUCACGUUACUGCAGAUGGUCAGAUGCAGCCAGUUCCUUUCCCUCCUGAUGCCCUCAUCGGUCCAGGAAUCCCUCGCCAUGCCCGUCAGAUCAACACUCUGAACCAUGGGGAAGUUGUGUGUGCAGUUACCAUCAGCAACCCCACAAGACACGUGUACACAGGUGGGAAGGGGUGCGUCAAAGUCUGGGACAUCAGCCAGCCUGGCAACAAGAGCCCUGUCUCUCAGCUGGACUGCCUGAAUAGAGAUAACUACAUCCGCUCUUGUAAAUUGCUGCCUGAUGGAUGCACCCUUAUAGUUGGCGGGGAAGCCAGCACAUUAUCCAUAUGGGACCUGGCAGCACCAACUCCUCGUAUAAAAGCAGAGCUGACAUCCUCAGCACCUGCCUGCUAUGCACUGGCUAUCAGCCCUGAUUCCAAGGUGUGUUUUUCAUGCUGCAGUGAUGGGAACAUUGCAGUGUGGGAUCUGCACAAUCAGACAUUGGUCAGGCAAUUCCAGGGCCACACAGAUGGAGCCAGCUGUAUUGACAUUUCUAAUGAUGGUACUAAGCUCUGGACAGGCGGUUUGGAUAACACUGUCAGAUCCUGGGACUUGAGAGAGGGGAGACAGCUACAACAGCAUGACUUCACAUCACAGAUAUUUUCCCUUGGUUAUUGCCCUACUGGUGAAUGGCUAGCUGUGGGAAUGGAGAGCAGCAAUGUAGAAGUGCUACAUGUAAAUAAACCGGACAAAUAUCAGCUGCACCUUCAUGAGAGUUGUGUAUUGUCACUCAAGUUUGCUUACUGUGGUAAAUGGUUUGUGAGUACUGGGAAAGAUAACCUUCUUAAUGCAUGGAGAACUCCUUACGGAGCCAGUAUCUUCCAGUCAAAAGAAUCUUCAUCAGUGCUUAGUUGUGACAUCUCUGUGGAUGAUAAGUACAUAGUCACUGGCUCUGGAGACAAAAAAGCUACAGUCUAUGAAGUUAUCUACUGAAAAAUACGAUGGGGAUAUAACUUUUAGAAGUUGAACUGGCCCAAAUUGUUCUUAAUUGUUUAAGUAGAAAGGUUUUGACUUUUAUAAGGUACAAAAGUGUUGAGGUUCCAGACCUUGCCGUGAAACUGCUUCGAUUUUUCAAAAUAGAAGACAACAUCCAGCAACUAAGUUCUGGCUACAUGGACCGGAUGGAACACAGAGGCAAGAUGGACAGAUUUAGCCUAGGUUUUUGACAUAGUUUUUAAAAGCCAAGUCUACUGAAGAAUGUUGCAGCCUUUUAUUUUUUCAUUUAUGACCUCACGCAAAUUGUUCUCAUUGCCUGAAUAUGGGGGAUAAAUACCUUUCUGUUCCUUGCAGUUCAAGUUGCAUUCUGUCCUGUGUAGAGCAGCAGUGUCUCAGAUGAACUUGUUUCAUGGUUUUGCAUCUUGUGAUAUGUUUUAAUAUUUUCGUUGAAGGUCAAACAUUUGUAUAAAUUGUAAAUAUAUUUAGUUUACUACAGUAAAGGCUUUAGUAUCAACAACCGGUCUUCCCCCUUGCCCCCUCCCUGCCUGCCCUGCUUAUUUAAAAUUAAAAACCGUUUGGGGAUAUAAGUACCUUUUUAGAAUCAAAAGCAAACACUAUGUAUAGUUUGAAAAUGGUGUCUUAUUCUUUAUAACUAUUCCUAGAUUCUUUUAUCAUACUUCAAAGUAGUUGUUUUGACAUACUAGGGUAUCAAGUCCGGUAGAUACUGUCUUGUGCUACAGAAAACUUAAAAGGCAAUUUUGUACUAAUUAUAGUGUAAAUAUAAAAAUUGAACAUUUCAUAAAGCUGUGCUGUUUAUUUUAAGUUUAUUCUGAUGUCCUAUGUAUAAUUUUUUUGGCAGCAACAGUAAUAUGUGCUUGAUCAUAACUCAUUCAUUCAUUUCUCUAGAAAAAUAGGGACUUCCCUCUCCUUUUUCCCCCAGUUGAACAGAAUUCGUGUGAGACUGCAUUUCAACUAAGUACAUCAGAGCCUUUAUUCAUUAACUGAGGAUGUCUGUGAUGAGAAAAGCUAGAUAAGUCGCUUCAUAUUUUACAGAGAAGUGGUAAUUAAUGACCGUUUACUUUUUACAGUCUUGUCUAUACUUAGAUACUCAGGUAAAUUUAACUAAAUUACCAAAAGUGUGAGUUUUACAGGGGAUCACUUAAAGAUGUUAAAUACUUGCAGGGCUGCAAGUGAAGUGAAUUAAUCUAAACUAAGUUAAAUUUGCUUCUUAAUUUCUUGUGAGAAUAUUGACAAAGGAAUAUUUUGAUUUUUAACUAAUUCACUCUACAAAUUAAUUAGAAUUAAUUUUCCUGAGUGUCCAAUGUUACACAGGCCUAUAGGCUCUAUGUAUUCAUAAGGAGAAAUCUUUGAGUCCUUUCCCCUGUGGCAUGAGUAUGAUACAUCUGUGAAGAGCCAUGCUAAGCAUCCAGUUACCAAAGCUACGCAUCUUCAAGUUUUCUUGAUGUACUCAAGAGCAGUGGAUCAGGGGAGAGCAUGUUAAUUUUAUUCUGUGUUUUUUCAGAUAAACGAGUUCUACCACUGUGUGCUAGACAAACCUAGCUAUUGCACCAGUGAGGGCCAUACGUUUCCUGCAUUCUGUAAUUUAAUUAGAAUUUCUGUUGCUAAUGGAGAAUACAGACGAACAGAACAAUUCAGAUUACACAAACUGGCAGACAGGUUAAGACUCAUCUGUAAAGAACUGCUUUCUCAUUUUGCUAGCAUUUUACAAUGACCCAUAUCCCUGCUCUUUCAAUGACAGGCAUCUAGGAAGAAACAAGUUUGACUGCCAGAUGCAUUGGCUAGAUAAGGAAUUUCUCAUCCGGGGGCAAAAUUUAUCUUAGUUUCCAGUCUGAAGAGACACUGGUUUUCUUUUCAAUUUACAUGACUAUUCUACUGAAACCGUUUUAUAGCAUCUAGAAUUGUAAUAGCCUUAAUGUAUUAACUUUGCAUUUGGAAUGUAAAAUGUUAACCAUUCAGGUUAAUCUGGUCUCCUAGACAUUUAAAAUUAGUGUUCUAUCCAUAUGUAUCUAUAUCUUUGUCAAUUGCUGUGUUGUCAAUAUGUAUCUGUAUGAAAACGACAGGCCAGCUUAGGUGCUGGCCACGUUGCUUUCACACAAAAAGCAGAAUCAUCAGGCUUUUCAAAGAAUUAAUUUUCAGAGAAUUUGCCACAUUGAAAUACUGUGAAAUGCUGUGUCAUUUUUAAAAGGGAAAAUUUUUAAAAAGAGUGUUUACUAGAUUUUACUUGAUUUUUACACUUUUCAUAUUGAAGUUUCUCUGAACAUCUGACUCUGCCAAUGAUCAUUGACUUUAGCAGUACUGGCAAAUUUGCUGCAAUUAGGAACAUUUGGAUUUUUUCCAAAUUGCUGUCACCUUGGCUUUUACUUUAUGGCUCUUCUCUUGCCGUUCUCUGAACUUGAUCUUAGAGGAACCAAGAAUGCAAGUGUUCUAACACAUCCAUGUAAACUAAAGAAAAAUAACACCAGUAUAAUGGAUGUGCUAUAUGUUGCAACAUAGUGCUUGCUAGUAAGACCACAUUCUUGGCAAUCAGGAGGUUUAAAAUAAUAGUAUUAGGAAAAUCAUAAAAUACCUCGUCUUCUUCGCUUUUAGAAGGCACAUUGUGUCAGAGCAGUUAUGGACUUGGACGUUAUUUAUGCAUGUGAAUGAAUUUAAUCAUAUUUGUAACGUAUGUUUCUUGAUUGUAAUUAAGAAAUUAAUUCCUUUUUCCCCCGUCAGAUCUACUUUAAACCUUGAGUCUAAAAACUUGCACAUGCAUCAUAAAGUAGUUCUCUCAAUUUGUUGUUUCAGAUUUCACUUUUGGUUUAUGAAACAUUGUGGGUUUUUACAUUUGUCAGGCAGUAAAGCCUAUUCCACCUGCAGAUGUAAUUUUUAUGAAAAGAUAGGUUCAGUGAAAUCUUGGCAUCUGUCUACACAACAACCUACAAGAUUUAAAACAUGUCAAGCUUUUAGCUUCUGUAAGUUCUUAUAGCCCUGUGUAAAGUAGUGGGUGGAAAUAAUUGCAUAUUGAAUGAAGAAACAGACGAAUUAAGAUAAGCAGUGACAGCAAAAGCACUGGAAAAGCCAUAUGGAAAAAAGAAGUACCCCAGUAACUAUGGUGUAGGUAAUUAAUUUUUUCUGUCUUUUUAAUUACAGUCAUAAUAGAUUCCUUUGGUUAGCCCCUUUUUGGGACAGUCUUUGUUUACCGAGUGGCUCUCAGUAUUCAGAGAUGUCUAAAUGCUACUCUAGCAAAUGCUAGUGCUGGAUAGAAGUAGGGAGUCCUUACAAAAGAUGUUUUGGAUGUCAGUGCAAACAGUAACUGAUGAAGAGGGGAUUUGUGGUAAUAUCAAUUCAACUGAACAAAAUCCUUAGUCAGCUCUAAUAUGUAUAUUUUGUAUAUGUGCACUUGGCAUAACCCUUUAUAAAUCAAUUGUGCAGAAAGUCAUGAUAUUAUUCCACACAAUGCAUUUAUCAGUGUGUAAGACUAUCUCUUUUUGAUUAUAAUUCCAAACAAAGAUAGUUCCCCAUGUUAAUCCACAAGCCUCUGGUACCUGAGAGAGAAUUUUCAUCAGCAUUGGUUCUUUUUAUCUCAUUUGGCAUUUCAAAAGCUUUUGUUCCUUUAAAAGUAUAAAAUAUUAAUUUCUUAGACUGUUAACAGUAGUAUUAUUUUUUAAUGUAAACAUCAAUACAGAGUCUGUCUUAUACAUGUUUACAUAUGUCUUAUACAUGUUAGACAUCUAGUCUUAAACAUACUUUUAUUUAUGAACAGUUGACCAUAAUUUUUCUGUCACACAUUUGUGACACAAGUGAUACAAGCAGAAUUUUCUGAAGUGUUUAAGUUACUUAAGCAACAUAAACUCAGAUUGACAAAUUGAUUUUUGGUAGGGUUUUUUGGGUUUUGUUUAUUUGUUGUUUUCGUGGAAAGACUGGCCCACUUAUGAACCUGUGGGAUUAUGUAACAUAUUUAGAAUUGUCCUUCAUAUUUUCUAUUAUAUUGUUGCAAUUUUGAGUUGAUGGGGAAAUUCCACCAUUCUAGUAAUAAAGAAGGUGGAUUUUGAUGUUUUCAGGAUAAGGAAGAGUACUGACUUCAGAUAUCAUACUACUGAAAAAGUGUUUACCCCUUAGAUCACUUCACUGGAGAAGCUGGACUGGCUCCAACUCUGUUGUCUCCUUGAAGGAUUUUUUUUUUUUCCCUCUACCGCAAGUACGUAGGAAAAAUAUGAGAAUGUAGGUCUAUGAAAGACUUCAGUCAUAGCGUCUUUCCCAGAGGGGAAGCAACUCAGAAUAGAACCUGAUGAACACCAGAAUGAAAGAAGAUGUUUGUUCAUGGCAGGGAAUACAUGGAGAGACAGAAUUACAGAAUCAUUUAGGUUGGAAAAGAUCUCCAAAUCAUCGAGUCCCAUCUGUGACCAAACAUGACCAUGUCAACUAAACCCUAGCGCUAUGUGCUGCAUCCAGUCAUUUCUUGAACACCUGCAUGGAUGGUGACUCCACCACCUCCCUAGGCAGCCCAUUCCAAUGCUUGACAACCCUUCCUAUGAGAAAACUCUUUCUAAUGUCCAAAGUGAACCUCUCCUGGCACAGCUUGAAGCUAUAUCCUCUUGUCUCAUCACUAGUUGCCUGGUUAAAGAGACCAAUGCCUGCCUGGCUGCACCCGCCUUUCAAGUAGCUGUAAAGAGCAGUAAGGUCACCCCUGAGCCACUGUUUCUUCAGCCUAAACAACCCCAGCUCCCUCAGCCAUUCCUUAAAAGGCUUAUGCUCCAGACCCUUCACCAGCUCCAUUACUCUUUUCUGAACACUUCUUAAUGUCUUUCUUGUGGUGCGGGGUGAAAACUGAACAGAGGAUCUGACGUGCUCCCUUACCCAUGCCAAGGACAGGGACGAUCUCUUUCCUAGUCCUGCUGGCCAUACCAUUGCUAACACGAACCAGGAUGCCAUUGGCCUUCUUGGCCACCUGGGCACAUUGCUGGACGAGAGAAAAUGGGAACUUAAACACACAUACAUUUUAGGGGUAAUCUAACAUGUAAUCUACGAAAUUCACAUAGAAUGAGAUUCCAGUUUGUCUGUGAGGUUGUUCAAAUGUUUCUGUAUAGUAAUUCAAGGAUAUCUGGGCUGCAUAUUGGAACUGUAAGCGGACAUUUCUUUGACAUCCAUAAGCAAUCCUCUAAUCCUAAGAGGAAGGGGAAUUAAAUCACAAUCAGUUCUCAGUAUUUCCCAUUACCUUAUAUUUUCGUAGCUCAAGAUCCACUUCCAAGCAAUUGGUAAUCCCAUUUUCAGCAUGCUGAAAAUGUGUCCCAUUGCAGCUUAAGGGCUUAGUGCAAUGUGGUAGAUUUUGCUAGGGAAACCAGAUAUGUAGGACCCGGGUGCUUGAAAAAUCUGCCCUAUGGUUCUAGCUUACUGACAUUUCUGAGGAAUUUACUCAGAAUUUCUGUUCAGCUAGGAGAACUCAAACAAUCACUUAGACGUUUUUUAAAGCAGCAAAACCUGUUUCAAGCAUACUUUAAGUAUACAUGGAUGGGCUUAGUUGGUUUUAUGUUUUGGUUUGGUUUUCUACUAUUUUGUGUUGAUUUAUUUCUUUUUUCGUCUUACAUUAAAAACUGUAAAAUGAAUACAACAAGAAAACAUGAAGGGAAAUUAGAAAAAUGAAUAAGAGUAGAAUGUUAAAGGGUGGGAUAUUCUUGAAGAUGCUGUAUCUCAAAACAAAGAACCUAUUGCUUCUAUGAUAUAUUAAUUCUUGAGAGAAAUAGGUUUGUGUUUCCUUGAUGUUCAGAAAACUGAAUACCAAAAAAUUUGUAUUGUGGGGACAAAUGUUAAUUUUUUUCAGAUCUGAGCAGGUUUCAUUUUCAAAUCUGAACAUCUUCAAAUCUUAAUCUUGUUUUUUUUCCCCAUGUUUCUUUUUGGAAGGUUCCACAGUUCACUCCUGGAAGCUGAACAACAGUCUGUGUCCUUUCUGGCUCUAAGGUCUCUACUAUGCCUUAGUAAGAAUUUUGUGGCUUAUAAGCCUGUGGGUGAUACAUAGGCUACAGAAAAAUCUGAUUAAAUAUUUAGGUGGAUAGCUGCAUAGAUUAUAUCAGUUAGUGUAUGUUGUGAUAAUUUCUCUUAAAGCAAGCACCCAGAGAUAAAAUAGCUGCAUUGUUCCAUAUUCGUACUUUUAUUGUUUGUGAAAUUGCCGGUCAGUGUAGUUGACUCUCCAUAGAAAAAUUCUGUGGUGGCUUCUGAGGUAAAGCUUAAAAUUUUGAGAUCUUUUCUUUCCUCUCAUAAAAUUUCACCUGUGAUUUUUACCCACAGUAAGGUUGAUUCAUAGAAAGGAUGCUUCAAGGAAUGCUAAACAAUUCUGUUGUGUGCAAGGAUUGCCUUUGCUGUGUUCACAGCACAAAGAUAUAAUAUCUCUCAAACCCUGUUUCUAUCUGUUUUCUGCCAAAAACGAGUUAGAGGCAAAGACAACAGAGAUAAAGAGAUUAAGUAAUCAAACAUAUUGUUAUCAUUAUCCCUUUUGUAUACUCUGUCAUUAGCAUAGAAAAUGGAGAUGAUACCCUGUAAAUGCAAACAAUAAAUGUUGUUUUUCCUUCAAGCACUGAUUUUAAUGGCAGUUUAAAGGAGUUAAUAAGCAGACUGAAGGGGUCAUAAAUGCAAGUUAACCUAUAGCAGUGGGAAACUUAGAAAUCACUUGUUACUUUCCUGGUAGUGAGCCUAAUUAGUUUAAAAUAAAAUUCAUCUGUUCAUUUCGCAGUCUUUGUCAUACUUCCUUCAGCAAUCCCCAUUAUUUAAAAAAUUGGCUGCAAUUAUGAUAAGCUAGUAACUCUUAUUUUGUGGUUUGCUGUAGCAAGAUAUUUUGCAGAGCUGUGAAGAUUCCCUUUAUUCUUAAAAAAUAGUCAGCUAUUGGGGUUUUUUUUGCAAUUGGACCUGACUAUUUUUUUAAUUUGUUUUCAAGUAAAUAUACAAUCUGACAGCUUUACAAAUUUGAAAUAUUUUUAAUUGUUGAUGAAUCAGCCAAACACUGCUGUUAAAUAUGUAAAUGUUCUAAAUGUCAAUUUGGUAUUUGCUUAGCAUGCCAUGCAUGCAAGAAAACUUUGGAGUGAUUCAACUUUUGUGGCCACAUUAAAUUUACUUCCUGCAAUAAGUUUCCUUUUUCAUGCAGGGACCAGUUUACUACCGUGCUCCCCUGUGUUUCUUCCUAAAUAUAUAUUAGACCUCUAGAGAUGUUUUAAUAAGUUAUGCAUACAUAAUGCUUCUACCUUUCUCUGUCUUUCUAAUUGUUAAUUAUGUGAGAUGUGUAUUUCUAACAGCAGUUGAGUAAAUAUUCACAAAUCUAUGAUAUAAUUGAAUUUUUGAAUGUGUACUUCAAGAAGUUUAUCAACUCGUAUAGAUAAAUCAUUAGUUUUCAUUUGUCACAUUCAAGAUUUUCAAAUCCUGAUACUCUCUUAUGUUUUUUUCAGUGAAUGUGUAAAAGGAAAUACUUCUGGAUUUUGAAUGGUUUUCAUAGCUUUUUUAUUUGUUUAUGUAGACACUUCUUUGUUGAGUGCAAGUUAUUGACCUGGUACUCUUAUUUAUAAUUCUGACUGGUUCUUCAGUAUUUUAUCAAGCUGUAACUUAUUAAAAACCACAAAUAUAAAAUGGGGAUAUUAAUGACAAGUGGUUUAAAUGUGAGAGUUUCAAAAUGCAUGUUAGAAUAUUUCAACACUUUGUUCAAUGUAAUUUUACGUUUUUUCAUUACUUAAGUAAUUAAAAAAAAAGUCCUUAGGGUUGAAUUAUAGUAAAAUUUUAUACAUCUCAGUACUAAUUUUGUCUCCCAACAGACAGCAAUAAUUUAGAUGGGAUUGUUUUUACCUAAUUUAUUCUUGGGGGUGGGGGGAGGAGAAAAAUAUUAACCUUGCAAAUUUGCUAAUUAUAAUUUCCUUACUAUUGUUGGUUGUUUUUAAUAAUCUCCAUGCCUUUGGAAACUUAUUCUUCUAUAUUUUGAAGAAAAACUUACAGAUAUACAGGGUUUUGUAAUAGAAUGUGUUUACAGUAUUUAUCCCCUGGGUUAUUUGUAACAGUAAGGGGAAGUACAGUGACAGAUACAACUUGCAAUAGUUGCUAGUAUUAUGUGCCUUUGAAUCACUUUCUUUAGUUCAUUAAUUUAUUUUUUUUUUGUAUCUUAGGUGGGGGUUAGCAGCUUUAAAUCAGUUUCAUUUCUCUCAAAGUGGAUAUGAUGAUACAUUCUUACAGCUUUACUAGUCUUACUUUAAAUAAUUUUCUAUCUGCAAGGUAAAUGGUAGCAUGAGUGGUUUUGAACUGUUUUAACUGCUCAGGUUAACUUUUUAAGUUUCAAAAACUGCCAGAGUAGAGGGAGAACUUACCAGUCGUAUUCAGCUUUUUUUAAUGCUUUCAUAUUGUACUAUAUAUAAUCAGUGGGACUUUCUUAGCACAAUAAGUGUGCUCACUGUUGAUUUUUUUAGUGUUCCCAUACUUUACACUGUCUCACUCAUUUGAAUUUAGUUUUUAAAUAAAUCCCUUUCCAUAGGCAUCUGCUUUGUACCUUAACAAGUAUGAAAAUAAUCAAAAUAUUUCGUGUUUGACAGAGAGACUGCAUGUUUCUGAGUGUGAAUAGCAUUUAGCAGGGCUUGUCUAGUUAAAAGGCAGUUAAACUAGUAAUCAUACAUGAUCUGUGUCUAACUGUCGUUCGCAGAAAAAGUGCAACAAAGUGAUGUGUGGUGAUAGCAAUUCAGAAGGAAAAGAAUAUGAAAUUCAGAUAGCAGCUUGAACAGUUUGCUGUUAGCAUGGGGCCCAAUAACACUACAAAGCUAUAAACUCUGUCUUUUUAGAUUGCCCAGUUAGGUGGCAGAGAUGCAAUUUGUCUUUUCUGAAGCCACCUGCUGCUUGCUAGCUCCAUCUCCUGUCACAACCUAUUAGGCCCCCAAGAAAAUCGGUGGGAAAUUGCCUGCAGAUUGUCGGAAAUUGCAUCUCCAGGCCCUGGAAAAAAUGUAGGAUAGCACAACACUGAUCCUCCCAGAGCAGCUAUUAACACAGCAAAAGCUGACGUUUGGCAUGGUGUGAAACAACUUUGCUGAGUAAAGACUGUAUUAUGUGUGGUUGAAGGAGGGAACAAAUUAUUAUCCUAGCUAUGCUUAUAGUCAGCCUGUUCCAGGGAGCUUAAGCAUGAGUGGUAGGUUUUGCUGCCCCCCAGCUCAUUCCCAUUGCAAGAUGGGAGAUGAGAUGUUAGAGCCUUAUACAGAAAUUUCAUUGUACAGAUGGGCAAAACCCACUCUAUAUUUAAAUGAUGUUAGUAUAUAUGAAAUUCAAAGGAUAAGUGACAAAGCCGAAAGAUAAUUUAUGAAGCUUAUCUCAAAAAAAUCGGUAAUUGCCUCUGCUUGGUUGAGCCUUGGUCAGAUUAGAAACAGCUUUUCGACUAUUUCAUUCUAUGUGUAUAUACAUUUUGAUUUUGGAGCAGCUACAGUGAAAUGGAACUGAUUUGUACUGUAACUGUUGAGUGUAAAAAUUCGUGGAACAGACAUUAGUUGUGAUAGAUCUUAGCAUUAAAUUUCUUGCUGCUAUGAGGCUCACCUCUGUCUUGUUUAAACAAAUUCCCCUUUGCUUUUUAUGAUGUGAUAUGCAAUGAAUUUCAUCCUCUGUCAUUUCUUCUGGAGCUACCUUUCUAAUCUUGUACUUUACCUCAGUUUUUUUAGGGCCUUUUAAUAAAAAAAGUUGACUUUUCCUUGAAUCCUGAGAGAGGGGAUAUGUAGAAUUAAUUUGCAACAUAAAAAUAAAUGCCAGCAUUUUCUUUGAGCUUGCACUUGUACUUCGUUGGUUCAAAGCCUCCUGAGGAAGAUGUGUUUGUGAAUCAGAAUGAUGUAUUGAUCAGAAGCAAGUAUGAGGAGGGCAGCAGGAGGAAAAAAGUCAUUUUGCAAUUGCUGUUUUCAAACUCAGCUGAGAUCUGUUGGUAACUGGCAGCUGCCCAGCGAUCUGAGUGAAAUCAAUAUGCUCAUUUCCUAUUGUAGUGGUGUCCACUGUUGUAAACAGGCUGACAAGGCUUAUGAACACUCACACAGCUGAUUAGAGAAAAUUAGUGGCCUGCCUUAGCAGCUGAGGCAGAAUAGCAGAGUAUAGGGCAGUAUGGCAAAACAGGUAUUGCUUAUAGUUCAAAGCCCAGCUGAAGGGGAUCAGAAGAACUUCAUGUUAUGGGGCUAUCUGGAUCCCUGUUUUGAAUUCUUGUGAUGAUGAAUGCACGUAUAUGUCAACCUGAAAUGCUAAUUUGUUGAGGCAUUGUCUUUCUAAAUUAGUUAUAGCACCUUUUUUUGGAAGUUAUGCAGUUUAGUGCUGUGUGUAAAACAAAUGCAGGAACAGAAGAGCUACGGUGCUUCAGCCUUUAUUCUGUAUUUACAAUAGCUGUUCAUUUUCCAAGGUAUUACAUACUAAUUGCAUUCUCAAAAUAAAUCUUGCCAUUUAGUAACUAA